AUGGUGAAUUGGGAAUCGUUACUCGAGUUUGAAGAGGCGAUUGCUUCAUCAAACACCUCGUCAUUCUCGUCUUCGUCUCUUCUCCUCCAGUCAAUAGAGGGGAAGUUGAUCGAUAGGCUCAACUGUCCUACUCCAUCGUCAUGCCAAUACACCGAAGAAGACCUUAUCAAAUCGAUGUCCCUGUACGAUUUUGCCUUGGAUGAGUUUACAUCUUGUUCCAAGUGUGGUUGUCAGCUAAACAACACAGGUAACUACAAGAGCUGCUGCAAGAACUACGUAGAACUGAAGAAUUACAUAUCUUCGUCCAUGGAACGCUCGUAUUGGGUCUCGUUGAUUAAUAACCCAACGGGGACUAUCAACACGUUGCCCAAUUAUACCAACAUGCUUAUCUUACAACAGGGGAUCCCGCUGCAGUUAAGGUCAGUCAUCUGGAACCGGUUACUCUUAGUUGGAGAAACGAUCCCAGAGACUUCGUCACUUAUAUAUGAAAACUUCCAGCAUUCUUAUAACCAAGAAAUUCUGGAGCAGAUUUCCAAAGAUUUGCAUAGAACUUUCCCCAACGUCCAAUUCUUCACAUUGCCUAAAACAGUUGAAAACUUGUCGACUAUAUUAAACGUUUAUGCAAAUUACGAUGCAGAAUUGGGUUACUGUCAGGGUCUUUUGUUCCUUGUUGGUGUCUUGUACUACCACUUCCAAGACGAAUCUCCAGCGUUAACAUUCCACUCUCUAGUUGUUAUUAUGCAAUCAGAGCCUGAAUUACACGACAUCUUCACUGCAUCAUCAAUGUCAUCCACUUUGAAUGAAUGGCUUCAUGAAUUCUUGGACAUUUUGAAAAUAGUUGAUCCUGCAUUGUUAAACCACUUACAAAAUGAAAUUGGAAUCGAAUUCCAAGUAUUUUUGUUCCAAUGGUGGUUGUCGUUUGUAUCCAGUCAUAUUCCUGAUUUUUCGAUUAUAAAUCGAAUUAUGGAUGUAUGCUUGACCCAAGGGUGGAAGGUUGGGCUUUUCAAGGUUUCCUUAGGGCUUUUGGUGGUCAACAAGCCAAUUUUGAUGAGUUUGAGUGAAGGUGACGAAGAAGUCAUAUAUCAACACCUUUUAAAUGAGUCCAGAUGGGGUGUUGCUGUUAACGAUUUGGACUUAUUCUUCGGGAAGACUCUCAUGAGUUGGGAUGAUGAAAAGUUAUUCAUGAAUGCCAGCGAAGAGGAAUUGUUCAAAAUCCCCAAGCCAGCAUCUGUCGCAUCUUCUCACAAGAGAUCUGCAUCGACUGUUAUGGAUAAGUUCAAGCAACUUUCAGUUGGGUUGGGCUUACCCAGAUCAGAUUCCGAUGAAUUAUCUCCACAAACUGCAUCUUCGUCCUCGUCUUCGUUGAGUGUAUUCUCCAACAGAGGGUCCACUGUCAAUCCUAUCCAUAACAACGGUAGUAACAACAAUAUUACAGACUACGAAUCUGUAUACUCUGACAUAACAUCAACCCAUAGUGGCGAUGAAAAUGGGUGUAGCAGUAGUAGUAUUAAGGGAUUUGGAAACACAUUCUCCAGUUACAUCAAACCGUUCCAUCUGCGCUCUCCAUCAAAAGUUGAUACUAUUAGCGAGUCUUCUCUUGUAAGUGAAAACAAGCAUAUGAAAGUAUUGUUGAAGCAGGCAAUGGAAAUGAUUGAACAUGGAGAAAAAAACGAGCGAGUCUUGGAUGAUAUCAAGUUGGUUUUAGGGUUAUAG